GACAAGGAAACCUGCAUGGGUGUCAACAAUCAAAGUUACAUAUGUGAAACGGGCCACUGUUGUGGACAAUCCCAGUGUUGCAACUACUACUAUGAACUCUGGUGGUUUUGGCUGGUGUGGACCAUCAUCAUCAUCCUCAGCUGCUGUUGUGUUUGCCAUCACCGACGCACCAAACAUCGUCUCCAGGCCCAGCAGCGGCAACACGAGAUCAACCUGAUCGCUUACCGGGAAGCCCAUAACUAUUCAGCCCUGCCGUUUUAUUUCCGGUUUUUGCCAAAUUAUUUACUACCUCCCUAUGAAGAAGUGGUGAACCGACCGCCAACCCCCCCGCCACCAUACAGUGCCUUACAUCAGCAGUGCGUUCCAGCAGGCAGCAGUAGCACAAUCCUGGACACGCCAAGAAACCUGCAGCCAGUGCAGAGCAGCUCAGCAGCACCCAGCGGCAAUAACAGCAGUACUGACAUCACCGGGUCCCCCAGCCACGGGAACCCCGAGCCUUCCACCACCACGUUGGUCGAGCGAGCAGUUGCCAAAAUGCAAAGCGUUGAGCCUGGCGGUACCAGCAUGGGAGCUGAGCUAGUGGAGAGGGCCGGGCCCGAUAAGGAUUUGGAGUGCAAGGAGGAACUGCUAAAAGGUUACAGCUCUGAGAGCUUAGAGCAGAGCAGCGCCAUUCCCGACGUGAAGGACAAGACGCCGGGCAGGCAGCGCCGUUUCACUGGCGACUCGGGCAUCGAAGUCUGCGUAUGCAACCGGGGCCAUCACGACGAUGACCUCAAGGAGUUUGAUGGGCUCAUCGACGAUGCUCUGGAUGGGCCUCUGGACUUCUGUGACAGCUGUAGCGGCCACCCCCAUGGGGAUGAGGAGGAAGGGCUUUUUAAUGCCGCAGAGGAGCAGCACCGCGAACACAGCCACCACCACCUGCCCCGGCAGCCAGUGUGUGUACUCUUGAACACAAUAAAUGAGCAGGACUCUCCAAACUCUCGUACCAAUAACUCCCCCAGCUAAGGUGGCAGAGUGGAAGGGAGAAUCUGGGGAAAAAAAGCAAAGAAAUAAAAGUGGAAUAAGAGGAUUAAAACUUUAACAGGAGGAAAAGGUGAUACAACCUUCUUUUUUUUAGUUUCUUUUUCUUUCUCCCCAUCCAAUAUAAUUCGGGGACUAGUCCCUGAAGGCCCGGCUUGUGGGGGACGGGUCGCUCUGGGUUUUGUUGAUUGUGUCUGUCCUGCUCUGCAGGGCAGGGACUGAUGUUUCUCAAUGAGACCUUCUAACAAAUGGGACUUUCCCAAUGGUGAUUUUGGUGAUGGUUAUUAUGAGUUUGUUGGUUUUAGUUUUACAAAACACUGCUUUAUCUCGCAAUCAGUAAAGCUCAGCAAAUCUCACCCUGGGAGGAUACAAAAUCACCAUAAGGCUUCAACCUCCAGGUGUCUUCCCGGAAGCAAGCAGCUUCUGACAGUGCCAGCAGUCAGUAGCCCAAGAGUUCUGGUUUGAUAUAAUGCUCUUGAGGCAUUGGGGAUUUCUUUUCAUUUUAGCUUUUUUUUUUUUUUUUUCUCUUUUGUGUUAAGUUUUCCUGAAGCUGAUGAAUGCCUGAACACAUCAGCCCUAUCAUCUCUGGUGCUUCAGUGUUUAAGAUAGCAGGUAGGAAAUUUUCCACUUGAAGCUGGUGACUGAAGGACCAGUUUCUUC